ACGAAGUUGUUUCUGCAAGACCUAAAACCCUUGGAAAUACUGGAAUAGAGGAAGGACACAUCCCCGAAGGGAUUUGGCUGUACCCAUCAUUACAUCCUGUAUUGGUGAUGAGCUCAAUACGCAUCGUUUUUCUGUUCUGGUCUUGGUGACAUGCUACAUUCUGGAUUUAAAAAUAGAUGGAUUGUUGAUUGUUUGUACAUGAUCAACAUUUGCACACAAAAUCCGCUGGUUCUAACCAAGGAACCUGUUAGACCAAUGCGGUUCGCUGGUUCUAACUGCGGAACCUGUUUGACCAAGGCAAUCGGCUGGUUCUAACCGAGGAACCUGUUAGACCAAGGUGAGGGGGCAGCCCUUAAAAUACAGUACAGGUAACCGGUGAGACAAAGUCCAUACAGAAAGAGAGAGAGAGAGCGAGAGAGACUCCAUCAUCUCCAUUCGUUGAUAAGUUUUCCCGUUGGCUCACCAUGGUUGAAUAUAAAGUAAAGGUGACUACAGGGGAAGUUCUAUUCUCUGGCUCAUCUGACUACAUUUAUGUCACACUCAUUGGAACAGAGGGGGAAAGUGAGCGCACUAACCUUGACAACUAUGGCCUAGAUUUCAUGACUGGGAUGACAGGGACCUACACUGUGACCAACCCCUCGUCUCUGGGGCGCCUCCUCCUGGUUAAACUGGAGAAAGAGCAGUACCUGUUCCUGCCAGAAAACGAGUGGUUCUGCUCCAAGGUUGUCGUGACGACACCUGAGGGUGACGUAAUCCUCUUCCCUUGUUACAGAUGGUUGUCCAGAGGGGAAAUUGUGGAGCUGAGAGGAGGAAAAGCCAGGAAGAUUUUUGAGGAUGAGCUCCCUCUACUGGUGCACCAUCGUAAAAAGGAGCUGGAGCUUCACAAGAAACUGUUCCAGUGGAUUGUGUAUGCCGAGGGAGUCCCGCACAUCAAUAACGCCACUGAAGUCUCAGCCCUCCCUUCUGAAGUUAAAUUUUCUUUCUCCAAAAUGUCAGAGUUUAUCUACACCAAAGCUGCAGCUAUAGCUGAGCUCAAACUGAAAGGCCUGGUGAACUCCACCGAGCAGUGGAAAGACCUGGAGAUGAUGAAAACUGUUUUCUGGAGAAAUAGAACACCCAUUUCAGAGUAUGUCUCUGAGCACUGGAAGGAGGAUGACUUUUUCGGGCCCCAGUUUCUGAAUGGAACCAACCCCAAUGUGAUCCAGCGCUGCACAACGCUUCCCCCCAACUUCCCUGUCACAGACGAGAUGGUACAGCCCUUCCUGGAGGACGGGAGUUCCCUGGCGACGGAGAUGCAGGAAGGAAACAUAUUCCUUUGCGACUACAAGAGGCUUGAGGGUGUGCCAACCCGGGUGGUCAAUGGUAAACCAUUGCCCCUCACGGCUGCCCUCUGCCUGUUCUACAAGAACCCAGAGGACAAACUGCUGCCUAUCGCCAUCCAGCUGGAGCAGCAGCCCUCUCAGCAGAACCCUAUAUUUCUGCCUAGCGACUCUGAGCACGACUGGCUGCUAGCCAAGAUCUUUGUGAGAAACGCAGAUUUCUCCGAGUUCCAGAUCAGCUACCAUCUACUGGGCACUCAUUUACUGGCAGAGGCCUUCACUAUGGCAACCUUCCGGAGCCUUCCUAUCAUGCACCCUCUCCACAAGUUGCUGAUACCACACUUCCGUUACACCCUGCAGAUCAACCUUCUUGCGCGAAAAAGACUGAUUAGUCCUGAUGGACCCUUAGCAAAUGGUGCUAUGGGACUGGAGGGUUUGAAGGAACUCUUGAAAAGGGCACAAUCAGAAAUCACCUACAGCUCCCUCUGUCUGCCAGAGAACAUUGUUGCACGAGGACUGGAGUCCAUCCCUAACUUCUACUACAGGGAGGAUGGCCUGAAGCUGUGGAACAUCAUCAACAGCUUUGUCAAGGGGAUGGUGGAGCACUUCUACUCCUCUGACAGUGAAGUGUCCAGGGACUCUGAGCUUCAGGACUGGAUCCACGAGAUCUUCAUCCAUGGGUUCCUUGGAAACAACAAGUCAGGAAUCCCUAAGCGAUUUGACAAAGUGGAGGAAGUUGUCAAAUUCAUUACCAUGAUUAUCUUCACUGUGUCAGCUCAACAUUGCGCCCUCAAUAUGGGGCAGUUUGACUAUGGUGGUUGGGUACCCAACAACCCCCUGUUACUGCGCAAAGCUCCUCCCACCACGAAGGGGAGCUCAAGCAUGAACACCAUUUUGGAAGUACUGCCAAACAUCAGCACUACUGUUAAUAACAUGGCUUCCACAUGGCUGCUCAGCAAGAGAUACACAGACACAAUUCCCCUUGGUACAUACCCAGAUCAACACUUUGAUGAGGCUGUCCCCAUGCAGAUGAUUAAGCAGUUCCAAGCAGAGUUGUCCUACCUCAGUCGAUCAAUCAUUAAGAGGAAUGCACUACUUACACUACCCUAUAACUACCUGAACCCUGCCGAGAUGGAGAAUAGUGUAUCCAUAUGAUUGAGCUUAGGCCCAUUCAAAUUAUUACAGUUUACUUAAAGAUGCAGUCUGGGAUCUUAAGCUUAACAAAUGAAUAACAUAUUGUACUGUUGGGUUCUGAGAAAAUGAAAUAUACUUAUUCAUGUCACUGAGGGAGAGAGGGUAAUGUAUAACGUAAACAUUAUAUAAGGUAUCCUAUUGAAAUAUUGUGUGCAGGGAAGUGAUCAUGUGUGGCAGGCAUUGAUAAGGGGAGAGAGACAUGGAUUAGUGAUGAAGGGGGGUCUAGGUCAGGUCACUUUAAGGGAGAAAUACAAGUUUAGGACUUAGUGUCCUGCCUAGCAGUAAAGAACGAUGUUUGUACAGAUGGGUAGGAGGAGACUCAGCCUAGGAGGAAGGGUUAAAUAUCAGUGCUUGUGUGAAAAUGUUUUUGUCUAAUGCAGCUGUAUUCAUCCUCUGGGAAGAAUAAACUUGGUUAAGCUUUCAUAGUGUCCGUAGAGUUUUUACUCUGAGAAUUAGAAUGUAACAGUACAAAUUAUAUUGAAGAAGAAGGCACUGGUUGCUAGACACAUUAAAUGUUUGGGAGUGUGCGACUUUCUUUCUUCUUACGAAUUGGAUUCGUAACAUAUCGUACUAAAUGUACAAAACAUAACAUAUCAUACUACAUGGAUGGCGUAGUAAACAAUUUGAUGACGGAGUACACAAAAAAUGGGACCUGUUUUGUCUUGUGAGCACCUCUUUCAAAACUACUGGCUGAAAUUAUACCAAGGCUUUGGAGCAUCACUUCAAUCAUCAAUGAUAGCCAAAAUGGCUAACCAAAUUGAAGAUCUAGAAGGCAGCUGAAGUCCUGAAGUCACUGAGUACCAUAGAGUCCUCGAUUAAAGUCGCAAGAAAGGGCUACCAACUUUAGAAAAUGGAACUUUGCAAUUGUCUUUAUAAAGAAUGCAUUAAUAAAGUGGAUUACAAAUUCAA